AUGAUUCUAAAGUGUAAUCCAACAGACACCGAAGCCGGUAUGAAGCUUCUGGAGGACCUGACUACAAAUGCAAACCAAGUGCAGCAACAGGUACUGAAGGAGAUACUAACACAAAAUGCAAAUACAGAGUAUCUAAAUACCUUCCUGGAUGGCCAUGCCUCCAAGAAACUUUUCAAGAAAAAAGUCCCUGUCGUCAAUUACGAAGAUAUCGUGCCUUAUAUUGAACGAAUCGCCAAUGGAGAACAGUCGAAUAUCAUAUCAGCUCAGCCUAUUAUUGAGCUCCUCACAAGCUCUGGAACAUCUGGAGGGCAGCCAAAGAUGAUGCCUUCAACUGCUCAAGAGCUUGACAGAAAGUCAUUCUUCUACAAUAUCCUUGUACCGGUGAUGAACAAGUAUGUAGAGGGGUUAGACCAAGGAAAGGCAAUGUUUCUUCUCUUCAUAAAACCAGAAAUCAGUACCCCAGCUGGCUUGGUUGCUAGACCAGUCCUAACUAGCUACCAUAAAAGCAGCAACUUCAGAAACCGGCCUUUCAAUAAAUUCAAUGUUUAUACUAGUCCAGAUGAAACCAUACUAUGUUCAGAUAGCAAGCAGAGCAUGUAUUGCCAGUUGCUAUGCGGUCUAGUACAGCGAAGUGAGGUCCUGAGGGUUGGUGCAGUUUUUGCAUCCGCUUUUCUGCGUGCAAUCAAAUUCUUGGAGGAUCAUUGGCGAGAACUAUGUCUUAACAUAAGAACAGGAGAACUUAGUGACUGGAUUACCGAUCCAAGUUGCAAGAACGCCGUGACUUUAAUUCUAAGCAAGCCAAUGCAAGAUUUGGCAGAUUUGAUUGAGCAUGAAUGUAUUGGAAUAUCAUGGGAAGGGAUAAUUAGGAAGCUUUGGCCAAGAACCAAGUAUGUUGAGGUUAUAGUUACGGGAUCUAUGGCACAAUAUAUAUCAACUCUUGAAUUUUACAGCGGUGGCCUGCCUUUGGUUUCCACAAUGUAUGCUUCUUCCGAGUGCUAUUUCGGGAUUAAUCUGAAACCAAUGUGCAAACCUUGUGAAGUGUCUUACACUCUCCUCCCAAAUAUGGCGUAUUUUGAAUUCAUCCCCGUCAUUGAAGAUCAUGACGAAAAGAUGCAGGAGAAGGUCUAUUGCAAUGGCAAAUCUGAUCAGAAAAAUGGGAUUAACGAGGAAGAAUGGGUAAAAAGUAAAAUCGUGGAUCUUGUGAAUGUCAAAAUUGGUCAUUACUAUGAACUUGUUGUGACCACAUUCACAGGUCUGUAUAGGUACAGAGUUGGAGACAUUCUCAUGGUGACUGGUUUUCACAAUAAUGCUCCUCAAUUUCGAUUUGUGCAAAGACGAAACGUGGUUUUGAGCAUUGACACUGACAAAACGAGUGAAGAAGACCUCUUGAAGGCAGUAACAGAUGCAAAGCUUGUUAUUGAAUCGCUUGGAUUCCUUCUGACCGAAUAUACUAGCUAUGCUGACACCACUUCAAUUCCCGGUCACUAUGUGCUCUUCUGGGAGCUUCAAAAGAGAGAAAAUACAGACCAGCAGCCAGAACUUGAUCCUGUUGUAAUGGAGCAAUGCUGCUACAGAGUGGAAGAGUCUCUAGAUUCUGUGUACAGGAGGUGCAGGAGGAAGGACAAAUCAAUUGGUCCCUUAGAAAUCAGAGUUGUGAAACACGGAACCUUUGAUGCACUCAUGGAUUUUUGUCUUUCUCAGGGAUCUUCUGUAAAUCAAUACAAGACGCCACGUUGUAUUAAAUCUGAGGAAGCUACCAGGGUUCUCAACUCGAGGGUGGUCGCUAGAUUUUUCAGCAAAAAUGUUCCUUCAUGGGAGCCUUUUAGAAUUGAAGAAAAUAAGUUAAGGUUAAUCGGAUCAAGUGAAACAAUUGUUGGAAAGUUUUGA